AUGUCAAGCAGUGUAGGCCUUGCGGUUCGUAAUCCAUCCGAAAACGCGGAGAUCAGUAUCCUCCGUCGAUUUCCGCGUCAAAUCCCUCAUUACCUCGGCCCUCAAGAUCAUGUCUGCCAGCAUUGCGGAGCGUUCAGAUGGGGCCAAGAAAGAACUCAACAGAACAUCAAAGAUAAGAAGGAGGUCUAUACUAAUUGUUGUCAAAAAGGCGAUGUUAAGCUACCUAUCGCCGACUUCGACGGUGAUCCUAUUCCGGACUAUCUCCGCCAUCUACUCAUUGCCAAUGACGCUGAGUUUCAAAAAUACAUUAUCAGACACAACAAUGCCAUAGCUUUUGCGUCCAUGUGUGUCGACUUCGAUGGAAGCAUUACCGGACCCCACAGAAGCCAUACAUUUCGAAUGGCCGGUGAAUUGAAGCACCUUAUUGGCUCUAUGUAUCCCGACAACCUCAAUCGCCCCGUGUUCGCACAAAUAUUCUUUCUCGGUGAUGGUGGUCAGGACGAACUCAAUAAACGCAUGAAUUGGCAUACGAAAAUCAACGACGCCGGCCAGCGUCAAGAGAUGAUCAAGCGACGCACUCUCCGUAAAUUGCAAGACCUCAUGAACGAUGUUAACAUAUAUGCUCGUUACUUCAAAAUGGCAGCCACAAUUUUAACCCCUGGAAGCACGAAGCGCAUCAUGCUGAAAACUCUUCCCCCUGGACCCAGAGAAUCUCGCACCUACAAUCGUCCUAACUUCGAAGAAGUCGCCGCGUUGGUGGAGGAAGGUCAACCGAUCAAUGAUCAACCUAGGCAAUUCAUUAUGCAUACUCACGGCAGCGCACUCAAACCAAUGACUGAUCUCCAUACAUCAUAUUUCUCUCUACGCUAUCCCUUACUCAUGCCUUACGGUUCUCAAUCGUGGGACAAGAAUUACGUUUCACCAACAGCUGGGACUAAUCCUGGCCGUAAGUUGUGCCUCUCUCUCUACCAAAGUUGGCAAUAA